AUGUUGUGGCUAAACUUACCACGACGGCUGCUGCUUGUGUGCUUGCGCACCUCCCUUGGCCGCGUACGCUCUGAGGGCUUUGAAGUCUCAGAGAAGCAGGUUUCCUUUGAUUUUUUUUUUCGCCUUUAUCCCUUUGAGGUCGCGGGAAUGCGUCGAGGUCGUGAAUGGCAGUUUCGCCGUGUGCUUUUUUUUUCGUUUUUUAGUGUUCUUGUCGCCUUCGCUCCCACCGUAUUUGACGUUCUAUGCCACUUUACAUCCAUGUAUGCUGCCGGUGUGGGGGUGUGCCGAGGGGAGAGAGAGAGAGAGAGAGAGUUUCUGCGGCUGUUUCGCUUGCGUCGUCACACGGCCCUGCAGAGCCGUUUGGUGUGUUUCCGUUUCUCUGUGCGCAGGCGAGGCCUCCCCCUUCAGUGCUGGCAAGGAAAUAGUACAGAGUGA